AUGCCUUUGGAUUCACAUAGAACCACUAUUGCAGUUGAUUUGGACAUUGAUGUGUCCAAACACAAAGUGUAUAGGGCAAAGAGAAAUGCAUUAGAAAUGAUUGAGGGGAAUGAAGCAAACCAGUAUGCAAAAAUGAGGGAUUACUGUAGUUUAAUUCUUAGAACCAAUCCUGGCAGUGUUGUUAAGAUAACAACUGAACCCACUCCUAUUGAAAAUGUUAGGAGAUUUCAGAGAGUUUUUAUCUGCUAUUCUGCAAUGAAAAUGGGUUUCAAAGAAGGUUGUAGGCCACUAAUUGGUGUGGAUGGUUGCUUCCUUAAGGGACCAUAUGGUGGCCAUCUUUUGAGUGCAGUCUCUACUGAUGGAAAUAACCUAAUGUUCCUAGUUGCAUAUGCAGUAGUGGAGGUUGAGACAAGGGAUUCUUGGGAAUGGUUCAUGGGAGAACUGAUGGAUGCUGUGGGGCCUUACUAUGUUAGUAUGUUUGUUGUUUUGUUUGUAAUUCAAGGUUUAGUAGACACAUUUGAGAACAUCUUGCAAGGGAGUAAUCACAGGAAAAGCUUAAAGAACACAGAAGGACUACCUCUCCGGUUCAAAGGGCAGCAGCUGAAAAUUGAGUUAUGGGAGGCUGCAAGGGCAUGUACAGAAGCUGAUUUUGAACAACAUAUGAGAAAUAUUAGGCAAAUAAAUGUUGAAGCACAUGAUUGGUUGAGAAAGGUCCCACCUCAUUUGUGGUCUAAAUCAGCCUUCAAUUUUACUUCAAAAAAUGAUGUGGUGAUCAAUAAUAUGUGUGAAAGUUGGAACUCAGUUAUUCUUGAAGUAAGAGACAAACCAAUCAUGUACAUGCUGGAGUGGAUUCGGAGGCAUCUCAUGCUAAGGUUCCAAGUUAAGAGAGAGUGGAUGGAAUCACAAGCUGGCUUAUUAUGUCCAGAAAUACAGAAGCAAUUGAACAAGGUGAAACAAGCAGCUAGAAAUUGCAAGGUGCAUUACGCUGGUGAGAACAAGUAUGAGGUUCAAUGCUAUGGAAUUAGUGAGGUUGUCGACCUUAACCAUAGAUCAUGCAGCUGUAGGGUUUGGAGUUUGACUGGUAUCCCUUGCAAACAUGCUUUAACAUGCAUAUUUACCAAGAGAGACCAAUCUGAAGCAUAUGUUGAUCAAUUCUAUCAAAGGGAAACUUACUUAAGGUCAUAUGCUGGGUUAAUCAUGCCCAUUCCUAUGAGAAGGUUGACGAAAAUAGACCUUAUUAACCCUUUGCUUCCACCUUACUUUAGAAAACCUACUGGUAGACCAAAGAAGGUUAGAAAUAAGAAAAAUGAUGACCCCAAGAGCUCAACUAAACUUAGUAGGUCUAAGGAAAGUCUAAAAUGCUCAAAGUGUAAGGAGAAUGGUCAUAAUUCAAGGACUUGUAUUUUACCUGAAGCAUUGGUCAUUGAAAAACCUCCACCAAGAAGGGGAGGUAGACCACCAAUUCUUGGCAGAGGAAGAGGAAUAGCAAGGGGAGAAGUGGCUGGUAUUGGUGAUGGUGAAGUGGCAGUAAAGGGAAGAGACAGAGGAAGACCAAGAAGGGGUGGAAGAGCAAGAGGAAGUGAAGUUCCAAGUAUGGUACCUUCAAAUCAAGAGGUUCAAAAUAUAAGAAUGUCCCAGCUAGAAUCAACUCAAGCAUCAUCUUUUGGGUAUUGCAAUUUUUGUUGUCUUGAAGUGGAUAAUGAUUUUUUAGAAAUUACAACAAAUUCCCAUGUAUUGAUAGUUGCUGUUGGAGGUUGUUUUUUUGCUGAUGUUGAUGGUUCCCAGUUGCUGUUGGAGGUUCCUUUUUUUGCUAGUGUUGAUGGUUCCUAG